UGUAGAUAAUCGGCGGAUAGUUUUUUGCCGGUCGUUCUUCGCGUUGGACGCUCUCCGGUUAUCGUGCUCUCUAGGAAAUCUACGAAACUGUGGUACUAUUUCUGUGUUAAGAGUUGGUAAAUGGAAAUAACGUGAAGAAUAAUGACCGGUGGAAAAGUUAAUUCAAUAAGUGUACACAUCUGGAACGUCCUACUACUUCUAGCGGUAGGACAUCUAGUGACUGAGGUUACCGGUCAGGAUGAUGAACACCACUGCGUAAUGUACGGAAUCUGUCAUACAAUCGGUAUACACGCACAAAAUUGCCCGACCACGGAAAAAGCUAAACCAUUGAACAAUCCGGCAGCAGUGGAGAUCAUGCGAAAGCGUUGUGGCUUUAUGUUCGAAGAUGAGAAUACACCGCUUUGUUGUGACUAUGGCCAAUUGCUGCAGUUGGAUAGUAACUUCCAGAAUGGGGAAGGUGUUUUCGGGCGGUGUGAAACCUGCAUCAAAAAUAUGUUAUUCAGCAUAUGCAGCAUGGCGUGCAGUCCAGAGCAGAGUCGUUUCUUGACAGCCUACGUCCAUGAAGCUGAACAGUAUGUGGAGAAGGUCGACUAUCGCAUCGAUCGGGAACAUGUGAAAGGAGUCUACGAUUCGUGCAAGGGCGUAAUUGUACCAUCGAGUGGGAAGUAUGCAAUGGACAUGGCUUGCGGAGGAUGGGAAUCAACAAGGUGUACUGCAGAACGAUGGUUUGAAUUUCUGGGAGAUGCUGUGAACAACGAAUAUGUACCAUUUGUGAUCGAGUAUCACUACCCCGAAGAACCGGAAGUUCGUUACAACCAAGACGUACUACACUGCAACGAGGCCUACAAUGACUCAGUUAGCUGUUCGUGCGUGGAUUGUUUUGACACCUGCCCAGUUACGGAUCCACCGGAAGAAGACGAUCCAGGAUUUCUAGUUGGAGACCUUAAUGGAGUAACGUUCGUAGUUGCUGUUGGAGUAGGCGGAUUCGGUUUAGUGUGGAUUCUGAUAUCUGUGUUCAUGAAGCACUCUGGCGAGUUACCCGAGUUUCCGAAAUUCUUUGGAGGUUUCCAGAUUGUUAAUGCGGGACUGACGAAGUUUUUCUCGGCUUGGGGUACAUUUUGUGCGGCUCAUCCGGUUCUGAUUUUGGCGAUCUGCUCCUGGCUGAUUGGUGGUCUGUGCUAUGGAAUAAUCUUUCUUCAGAUUACAACCGAUCCCGUUGAGCUGUGGGCAGCUCCGCAAAGUCGUUCGCGACUGGAGAAGGACUAUUUUGACUCUCGUUUUUCACCAUUCUUUCGUACCGCACAAAUAUUCAUCAAACCGAUCAAGCAGGAUUACAUCGUCCAUAACACCUCUUUGGGUAACAUAACCUUUGGUCCAGCGUUCGACAAAGAGUUCUUGCUGGAAGUGUUCGCUCUGCAGGACCAUAUCGAACAGAUCGGUCAGGAGGAAGACGCUGGAUUGGAGAAAAUCUGCUACGCUCCGAUGACUGCGGCGGGGAAGGAAACCGAAUUGAGCGAGUGCACAAUACAGUCCGUGUUUGGAUACUUUCAGAAUAGCUACAAGAAGUUUAACGACGUUUACUACGACUCGGAGGGCUACGAGAUGACUUACCUUAACAAGAUUAAUGAUUGCACACGCAACGCAUAUCUACCGGCUUGUUUCGGUCCGUAUGGUGGGCCGGUAGAACCGGGAAUCGCGGUGGGAGGUUUUCCGAAGCCGGAAGCUGGUGAGAGCCCAAAUUAUAGACUGGCUACUGGGCUGGUGAUGACGUUCUUGAUCAAGAACAAAGCGAACAAGGAUGAGCUCGGACCGAUGAUGGAGUGGGAAAAGAAGUUCAUUGAGUUCAUCGAGCAGUUUGACAGUCCUUCGAUGGAUAUUGCCUAUACGGCGGAACGUUCGAUUGAAGACGGGAUUGAUGCUAUGUCGGAAGCGGAAAUGUUUACCGUUAUUAUCAGUUAUGUGGUUAUGUUUAUAUACAUAACGAUUUCGUUGGGGCGAAUUACAGGUUUCAGAACAUUCUUCAACGAAUCCAAAAUUACUUUGGCGAUCGGCGGAAUUGUAGUAGUUCUGGUGUCAGUAGCUUGCAGUUUGGGAUUUUUCGGCUACCUUCGGCUCGCUACAACCAUGUUGACAAUUGAAGUGAUACCGUUUCUUGUACUGGCGGUUGGCGUAGAUAACAUCUUCAUGUUGGUUCACUCGUUCCAGCGGAUCGAUAGGGUUAAGACUCCGGAAACAGCGGAAGCCAUCGGUAAGGCUUUAGGACAAAUCGGCCCGUCAAUUCUUCUGACAUCGGCUAGCGAAUGCUGCUGUUUUGCCAUCGGAGGUCUGUCACCAAUGCCCGCAGUGAAUACUUUCGCCUGGUAUGCUACGGUGGCACUGUUCGUUGAUUUUAUUCUACAGAUCACAGCAUUCGUAGCUCUGAUGGCACUUGAUGAACGUCGGGCUGCCAGUCGUCGGAUGGAUUUGAUAUGUUGCGUCAAGAGCAAGCAGGAGCCGAAUAAGGUGCGAGGACCCAGUUUCUUGGAGAAUAUCUUCGGCAGAUAUUACACACCGUUUCUUAUGAAAAACGGUGUAAGGUUGGCCGUUUUUGCUGUGUUUGUAACUUUAUCGUCGCUUUCGUUGAUGGUCGUAGCUAACAUCGAGCCUGGGUUGGAUCAGCAGUUGUCCAUGCCAAAAGAUUCACAUCUCGUGAAGUACUUCCAAUUCAUGGCAGAUCUUCUUUGGAUGGGGCCACCGGUGUACUUCGUGCUUAAACCUGGAUUGAAUUAUUCAAAUACGGAAGAUCAGAACGUAGUAUGUGGGGGAGUGCUGUGUGAUACGGAUUCAAUCCAAACAAAGCUGUAUCUGGCUUCGCUAUACCCGGAAAUAACUCGAAUUGCAAGACCGGCAUCUUCCUGGCUGGACGAUUACAUUGACUGGUUAAGUAUCGAUGAAUGCUGCCGUUACAACACUACAGACGGUUCAUUCUGUCUUAGUAGUAAUACAUUUUGCGAAUCCUGUCCGAAGGAGUUUGACGAAACCGGUAUUCGUCCGACGGUGGCACAAUUCGAGCGUUACAUGGAGUUUUUCCUUUCGGAUAUACCGGACGAUCGUUGUGCGAAGGCUGGUCGGGCAGCUUAUCUAACGGCCCUGAACUACGUGACGGAUUCGUCCGGGCAUCUGAAUGUGCACGAUUCGUACUUUAUGAGCUAUCAUACGACGGUGAUUACCUCUAGGGACUUCUACGAAGCUCUGCAGUGGGCCCGAAGGAUUACCAACGAUAUCCAGCAGGUGCUGGACGAGAAAGGAGCCGGUGUUGAGAUCUUUCCAUACAGUGUGUUCUACGUGUUUUACGAGCAAUAUUUGACAAUCUGGGAGGAUGCACUUUUGUCACUUGGAUUGUCAUUGGCUGCGGUGUUUGUGGUGACAUUUUUAGUAACUGGCUUGGAUAUAGUUUUUUCGCUCAUAGUUUUGCUGAUGGUGUUUUUAAUACUACUAAACAUGGGAGGUUUCAUGUGGCUAUGGGGCAUUACAUUGAACGCAGUAUCGUUGGUGAAUUUGGUCAUGUGUGUUGGCAUUGGGGUAGAGUUUAUAUCGCACAUUGUGAGAUCAUACAAGAACGAAACCGGAAACAGAGUUGCAAGAGCGACUGUAGCUCUAACGAAGACCGGAAGUAGCGUGUUCUCCGGGAUUACCCUGACGAAAUUUGCUGGAAUCGUUGUGCUAGCAUUCGCCAAUUCGCAAAUAUUUCAGAUCUUUUACUUCCGGAUGUAUCUAGGAAUCGUACUGACCGGUGCGUUGCACGGACUGAUUCUUCUUCCUGUGGUUCUCAGCUAUAUUGGACCUCGGUCCGUAAACACUUCGAUGACCAUCAUUUCGUAUGCCCCGAUGGACGACCCAAAAGUAUCAGUAUUGGAACCGCCUUCACCCUCCGCUCCGUCCGGAACAAAUGCAGACCUGCUCUUGUCUCAGAAACAAAUCUAA